CAUAGAAGAUGGACCUGACUGUGCUAGGGAUACUAAUACUGGCUCUUCUGAUCUCCUACAUGAUAAUCUAUUCAACAUGGGAUCGAAUGUACAGAAAGCGCAACAUGCCUCCUGGUCCAACUCCUUUUCCUGUGAUUGGAAACCUUCUUCAAGUGAAGAAAGGGGAGCUUGUGAAGUCACUAAUACAGCUGGCUGAGAAGUAUGGCUCGGUGUACACCAUCUAUUUUGGAUCCCGGCCAGUUAUUAUUCUUUCUGGCUACCAAACUAUUAAAGAAGCCCUUAUAGACCAAGCCGAUGAUUUUAGUGGCCGAGGACAGCUGCCGACAGUUGACAGAGUCUUCAAAGGACAUGGUGUUGUUCUCAGUAAUGGGGAACGCUGGAAACAGCUACGCCGGUUCACAUUGAUGACCCUGAGAAACUUUGGAAUGGGAAAGAGGAGUAUUGAAGAGCGAAUACAGGAAGAGGCACAGUUUUUGGUGGAAGAACUCAGAUCUAAGAAAAGUUCCCCGAUCAAUCCCACCAAUAUCUUUGUUCAGGCCAUUGCAAAUGUCAUCUGCUCGGUGGUCUUUGGAAAUCGAUUUGAAUAUGAAGAUCUGAAAUUUCUGAAGCUCCUCAAUAUGUUUAAUGAGACGUUUAAACACAUGAGUUCCACCUGGGGGCAGAUGCAUGAUAUGAUUCCAGAAAUCAUGAACCACGUACCUGGACCUCAUCAGAAAGUGGACAAACUUCUAAAUAAUUUGCUGCAAUUUGUUUCUGAACGUGUGAAGACAAACCAGGAAACCUUGGACCCAUCUUCUCCAAGAGAUUACAUAGACUGCUUCCUUAUUAAAAUGAACCAGGAUAACAAAAAUGAUUUCUCUGCGUUUGAUAUGAACAACUUGCUGCUCAGUGUACUUAACUUGUUCUUUGCUGGAACAGAGACAGUCAGCAGCACACUUAGACAUGGAUUCCUCGUCCUUGUAAAGUAUCCUGAGAUACAAGCCAAGCUACAUGAAGAAAUUGAUCGAGUCAUUGGGCAGAACAGGUGUCCAAACAUUGAGGAUCGAGGCAAGAUGCCCUAUACGGAUGCCGUGAUCCAUGAGAUCCAAAGAUUCAGUGACGUUUUACCUCUUAAUGUUGCUCACUCAGUUAUAAAAGACACACAUUUCCAUGGAUACACCAUUCCCAAGGGCACUGAUGUUUACCCACUGCUCUGCUCUGUUCUCCGAGAUCCUACUCAAUUUGCCACCCCAGACAAGUUUAACCCGGGACAUUUUCUGGAUGACAAUGGCUGUUUCAAAAAGAGUGAUGCAUUUAUGCCAUUUUCCACAGGGAAGAGAAUCUGUGCUGGAGAAGGUCUGGCUCGUAUGGAGCUCUUCUUGUUUCUCACCAACAUUCUUCAAAACUUUACACUCACCUCCUCAACGCGUUUCACUGAUUCAGACAUUAAACCUAAAAUGACAGGAUUUUCCAACAUACCCAUCACCUACCAGCUGUCAUUUGUAGCACGUUAAUUGGGUGUUGGGAAAACGAGAUAAUUACAUUUACUUAUGAAUAGUUAUGCAAGAAGAACGAGUAUUCGAUUUAACAUGAAAUCCACAUCUAUGCUGAGUUACUUAAUCUAGAAUUAAGAUCACAUCAAA